GAAGAAGGGGGAGCAACGCGCACAGCAAGGGCAACCACCACACAAGGAGGAGCGACACCGGCCACCAGGAGGAAGAGGGGAGCCGAGAGGGCAAAGGAGCCAGCGGAAGGCGGAGGGAGGAAACAGGAAACAGGAAAGGCCGAACGGCACCGGGGAGAAAGGACCGACCGAAGACAGAGAAGGGGAGAAGGCGGGGGAAACGCGGGGAGGGAAAGCAAGAGGCGGAGCGGACAAAAAGGAGGCGAGGGGCAGCGGGGAAGGGGAGGCAGGAGCGGGGGGCGAAAAAAAGAAGAGAGAGAGAGGGCGAAGGGGAGGCCCGAGGAAGCGGGGGGGCAAGGGAGGGAAGAGAGGCGCCGAACGGGCGGCCGAAAGCGGGGGGCGAGGAGCGGGAAAGAAAAGGGCAGGGAACGGGGCAAGGAAAAGGCAGGGAGGAGGACGACCAAACGAGAAAGAGGGGGCGGAAACAGGGAGACAGACAGGAAGAAGAGACAAAAACGGGGCGCGGGGCGGACAGGGAGGGAACGGAGAAAGGCGAGGGGGAAGGAGGAGGCAGAGAGAGGACACCCGGGAGGAGGCCGGGAGGCGGCACGGGAAGCGGAGGCAAAAAGCAAAGAGAGGAAAAGGGACAAGGCCAACAAGGGGGCAGCAAGAGGGAACAACACGGGGGCCACCCCGCAAAGGCGGGAGGAACAGCCGCCGCCAAGAGAGGAGGCACGAGACAAAGGGAAGGAAAAGGGAAGGGAGGCAGGGAGGCCGCAACAGGAGAGAGAAGGGAGGGGGAGAGAGGGAAGGGAGAGGCCACAGAGCGCGGGAGGGCCCGAACAAGAGGGGAGGGAAGAGAACAACACAAGCGGAAAAGGGACGGCGGGGCGGGAAGAGAAAGCGGAGGAGGAGGGGGGGACCAGGGGGAAACCCCCAAGGAACAGGGGGGGAGAACCAGCAGACCGGGAGAGGCGGAGGCGAAAGAGGGGAGAGGGAGGCGAGGCAGACGGGGGGGGGAAGGAGGGGGAAGGGGCACCCGGGAAAAGAAGAGGAGGCGCAAAGAGAAAAGAGAGGGGGGCGAAAGGGGCAAGGAAAGAGAAGGGGGGCGAGGGGAAGAGAGGCGAGAAGGGGCACAAAGGGGGCGAGGGCAGCGAGGGGGAAAGGGCGGCAGGGACCGGGGGGGAAGCAGCCAAGCCGGAGGGGGGCAAGGGGGAACGGAGGAGGAGAAGCGAGAGGAACCAAACAGGCGCGGAGGCCGGGAGCGAGGAACAGGGACGCGGAGGAAAGCGGGGGGAGAAGAGCCCAAGGCAGGCGGCGCAGAGCGGGGGAGGGAGACCAGGGCAAGGGGACAGAAAAAGAAGGGAGGAGGGAAGGAGGAACACGGAGGGGGGCACAGGAAGGGAGGGACAGAGGGCGGGCCGCGGGGGGAGCCGAAACAAGGAGAAGAAAGGCAAGGGACAGGGAGGCAAGCGCGCAAACCAGCCGCAAAGAAGGAAGAAAGCAAAGAGAGAAAAGGGGAACCGCCAGGGGGGAAGG